AUGUCAGACUAUAAAGACACCAGAGCGGCCAGCAUUACGCAUUUUCCCUACAAGAUUCUUCUCAUCUUCACCGCCUUUAUUGCCACGUGCCAUGCCGGCCUACUCUCCCUGUCUCCAGAUGAUUUUAAGCAAUCCGGCGAUAUAAAAAUCGCCACAAUCGUACAUAAUGCACCAUCUGCCGUUUCGCAUUCAACUUUCACGCGCAUUCACAAUCAUCACGCCAACCCUAGCCAACACAUACAGUCCACACAGCCGAACAUUGCCAGUACUACCACACAACCGGCAGUACUUCAUCACAUACCAACGGUCGCGGUGCAACCGGUCUACACUACACAGCAAUUGCAUGCCAUUCCAGCGCCGAUUGUGAAGCAUGAAUCACCAGCGGGACAAGUGGUGAACAGUGUGGCGACCACAGCGACAGCAGUCAAAGGCGAGACUCCAAUUGUUGAGUCAUUGACGCAUACGCCAGCACAUUUGACUUUCGCCGCUCGGCCAGUGGUUUAUCAGAUGUUACCUGAAAUAAAACCAGUGCGUAAAAUCAAUUAUGAUGAAGUUGUGCCUAGUCCAAGGCAUGGGCCAUAUAUUCAUUAG